GGGCAGAGGGAUCCUCCUCCCAUCAUCACUGGAGAAAAUGAAGUUCCUUCUGAAGAUGCCCUAAUACUACAGCUGCACCUUGCAAAAGGGCAUGAGAAAUUUACUGAAGUGCUAAAAAGCCAACAGCAGAUCAUUGUUGAUUUGCAGCAAAAACUCACUGACCAGCAGCAGGUAUUGGUUAGCCAGCAAUGGGAGAUUUUGCAACAGCAAAGGCAAAUGUCUGAGCAGAUGGAGCUGAUCAAAGUCCAGUAUGGUGUGUUGCUUGAUACGGUCAAACAAGUGUCAUUUCAGAGCUUGCAAGAAGAUAUUCAAAGUUAUUUUGAAAGCCAUCUUCAAGGACUUCAGAACCAGGUCAGAAAUCAUCUCCAGAAGUCCUACUCUGUGCAUAAAGUAGAAGUGGAUGCGAAAGUGAUUAACGUUGGGGAGUCUUUGCUGGACUGUGGCCUUUGUGAAAGGGAUGAGUUUUGCAAUUUCCAAAAGACACCUUCACAAUGUGAGAAAUGCACUUUGUGUCCUGCUGGCUUUUUCCAAAUGGCUGAGUGUUCUGCCAACUCUGAUCGCAUUUGCCAGGACAGGGAUGAAUGCACUGAAUCUCCAAGCAUUUGUGGUGAGAGGAUAAAAUGCCUGAACACUCCUGGUGGCUUCCGAUGCCUUGGAGUCGCUGAGAAAGAUGCAGCUUUGGGAAUGUGUGGAGAGGAAUAUUUCUUUAGCAAAGAAAUGCAGGAAUGCCAGGCCUGUUUAAAAUGUGAAGAUGGAAUGGUGGCUGUGCCUUGUUCCACUGUCAGUGAUACAGUUUGCUCAGCAACCAGUGCCAACAAGCUCUCAGAGUCUUGGGCUGCAAACAUUGCUCUGCCCCCUGUGAAGUCUGACACCUCUCAGGUUUACUAUGGCUUGAACUUGAAGAUAAAGGCAAAGCUUCCCUGUGAAAUCCUAUCCAUUGAAGACAACAGCCUGAUAUUCAGGCAGCAUGGUCUGUUGUGGACUGACCUCAAUUUUGCAGUAAAGCACAACUGCAGGAAUUUUCUGCAGCUUUCCUUAAAGCUGAAUGGCAGUGAGGAAGGCUAUGAACUGAGCGGGGUUCGCCUCGAGCAGCCAGAAGGGAGAUGUUUCCAGAGCACUAGUUUAAGCAGUGCUGCUGAAGUGGAGCCAAACCAAACUCUUUCUGUGCAUUUGAGGAGCCCAAAUAAGUUCUGCAAUCAAAGUAAAGACUUAAACAUUUACGACCUUCAUACCCCACUCAGUUUGCUUUGGUUGUCCCACGACACAGGUGCUGUGGCGCUCAGUGCACAGGUGUCAACAGCAAUGCAUUACCAAACCAACUAUAGGCCUACAUUCAAAAUCAUUUCUGUCUCUGACCCUUACAUGCUCACUUUAUCUCAUGAUGGCAGAGCUAUAAAGUUCACUGAAGCUGGUGUUGCCAAAUUUGUGUUCCACCAAGCACUGUAUUCCAUGGGUCACAUGUGUGUCCGAGAGGGCUUCUCCUUGAUUUCUUACAUCAAUAGGAAUGGUACCAACAGAGAACUAAUGAAUGUAUUUAAAUCUGGGGUAAAUUACAGAGACACAUCAAUAUCUGCUUCUGGGGCCACAAAAGUUGGUGCUGGAGAUCUGAUUAGCUUUGAGAUACUGUCUCCUGCGCAAUGUAACGUACGAUAUUUUGGAGAUGCUUCUGGAAUUAGUAUGUUUAGCCUCAUCUGGAUCCCUGCAGCAGUUUCUAGUACCAUAUCAGCCACAGUUUCUGUCACAAGUCUGCCCACAGGACCCGUGAGAAACAGAUUACUGGAUUUCACCCAGGCCUCAUCCAGUGAGCAGCAGAUACAGCUGCUUGCUUCUGGGCAGCUCGCUCAGAAGUACUUCAUGUUUACUGAAAAGGGAGUUGCCAGCCUCGCGUUUAACUUAAAGCUAAUCCACUCAUGCAACGUGCUCAAAGUGACUCUCAACCAGUUGACCAGAGAGCACAUGCAGCCCACAGCAAUUGCCCAGCAGAUUGGAGGUCAGAUGCCAGAGGGCAGCAUGUGGACCAGCGUGUCCCUGCGUGCAUCCUUCCAGGUACGCAACGGAACGCUGGUGUCGGUCUCUCUGGACUGCGUGCGCGGAAGGAUCAACCAGGUCGCUCGGGAACAUGGAACCAAUGUAUCUAUCUUAUGGAUUGCAUCUUAAUUCCUCUCCACUGAAGUCAAUACAGAACUGAGGCUUAAGCUGCCUUUGGAUUCUGCUCUGCUUCUAUACAUAUUUGAAACCUUGUACUGUGUUGGCAUGAGCAGAUUGUGCCACUGAAAUGCUCACUAUUUUAGGGGUGUUUAAAUAUAACCUUCAUCAAAUGAUCCGUAUUGAAAGAGAGCUUUCACUGUGCCAAUGCUUCUGUUCACACCUCCAGGCAAGGGAAGCUCAAAUUCACAUCUCUUAGUUUCAUUAAAGCAGGCUCUUAAAACUGGUUAUUUCUGGGCCACCAAAACACGUAGGCAUAAAUACACAACCUGUAGUACUGCCACUGAAAGCAGUGCAGCCAAGUCGUGGAAAUCUGCUUUCAGUUUCUUUACUUGCAUCAGGCUGAUUACAAAACUUAAUGACCUUUGAGGUUAAUUGGUCUGUGAAAAGUUGUGCUUUUUAUAGAGGGGAAGAACACACUCCAGACUAGAGGUGAUAAUCUGGAGUAUGCAUGCUUUGUGUUCUAGAAAUGGGCCCGGGUCAAAACCAGAACCUUGCAACAGGAACAUUAGACCUAAUGACUGCUCAGACUUCACUUGGAAAUAACCUGCCUUUCAGUAGUGGGGGGGGGGAACUUCUUCCUGCUUUUCAGUUUUUAUAACCAGUGAAAAGCUGAAGAAUGAGAAGGGAGUCCAUGCUGAAAAGUGACAGGACAUAGGAGAAAAGAAACGAGUACCAAAAAAAAUUACCUUGAGAAUAAGAGGUUUAGAAAUUGAACACAUUUACAUUCCAUUUCUUAUCAAUGAGAAAGCUUUUUUUUCUGACCAAGAGGGAACAACAUUCACAAGCAUAUUUGGUUUUUUGAACAGGUCCUUAAUUUAAAAAGCUUUUUUUUCCCCCUUGAGGUCACUCAGUUAAUUCAAAGAAAUACUGUGUCCAGUAGCACUGAUUUUUGUCCUCUUUCAGCUCUUCCACCAAACUAUCUUUUCUUUUUGUAAUCUGGGGAGAGUAUUUUUCUCUCAUGUUCUCCUUUCUUCCCCUCCACAAAUGCUGUUUCAAGUCUCCUACUUUCCCAUGAGUAAAUGGCAUGCUCUGUCACACAGCUCAGCUCUCCCCAGCCUUCUUUCACCUUCCCUCCUGAAGAACAGAUGUCAGUCCAUCACAUAUGUAGUUACAUGAGAGGGACAUUAACGAUGUCCUUGCAGUCUGCCUUACAUCAACCCCUCUGAGAGAAGGAACAUUGUGCAUAACAUAACUUUCAUAUAGGUGUUUGCCUGCACCUGUGUACAUGAAAUACAGGUACUUCCCUGUGGCUUUUCAUCUCUUCUGGAGUUUAUCAUGCUGGUUUUGUUAUAUAGAGUCUCCUCCUAUAAUUUUCUAUAGAAGAAUGAAGCCCAAACUUCUGUCUGGUGGCUCUUUUUUUCACUGGUAGCUUUAUAGCUGUGUCCUUAACACCUGUGAUUAUCUUUCCACUGGCUUCUUCUCUGAUUCUUUCAAGUGUAUGCUCAAAGAUGUCAGCUUUGGAAAAAUUGCUUUCCUGCUCCAUGCAGAGAGCAGUAAUUUUUCUUGCUUUCAGCUACAAAGUCCAAGCAGUCCAUCACAAGAUACCUCACUGGGCAUUGUGCUGAGGCACAAACCACAGCAAGUUGACUCGUGGUGUCCCCAACGUCUGUGGCAGAGGUAUCACUGGUUGCGUGUGGCCAGGCUCUCAUUUGUUCUUGCACGGUUGUGAGGGAGUGUGAUUUAAAGCUGAUGCUAAAGGUGCUCAACAUUUGCAAAGUACUGCUGCUGUUACAGAGGAUAGUUUGUAGUGGUAGAAAAAGAACUCUGGAAUAAGAGCAUGUGUCUGUCAUAGGCAGAGGAGCUGCAUUACCUGGGAACAGAGCAGCUUUUCUCAGUACUUCACUCUGCAAGGCUACUGAGACUGAGCAAGACAAAGUGCCAGAGGAGUUGGAGUUUUCUGGUCUAUCCACCUGCCUUCUGUGGAAUGAUGCAUGGGAUGCAAGAGGAGCUCUGCAGAGGGCAGACCUGCGUGUUUCUAAGGUAAGGCUUCAGGGGAUGCAGUGCUAGAGAAGGCUCAGGAUAGUACACUUAGAGUUCUAUUUUAUGGAGGAAGUUAAGAGAGUCACUUGGUCACAGACAUAGCCCUUUCUUCCUUUGCUGUUCAGUGCUGUGUAGUUCUGCUAACAGCUGCUUCUCCCUAGAGUGAUGACAACUAAAGGGUCAUUCUAGAUUUUAACUGUGUGGCAGAUAGCAGAAUCUGAUGGUAGACAUCAUCUGGUACAUCUUCAGUGUAGUGCAGGCAGUAUUUAAUAAGCAUUUGCCUGAUAAAUAGCACUCAGCAAAUCUAAUAGCCUGAUUUGUUGUGACUAUGCUUUGUUUGAGUGAGGUUGUGGUACCAGGGGAACUACUUCAAGAUUGAUGCUCAAAUCCUCUGUUAUGCCUGCUGGUGGUGGUACUUGCAUUUAAAUGCACCUUUAUGAAAUGGAGCCAGGGAGGUACAAGUGAACAUUAUUACAGCUAAGAGAGGUUUCAGAGAAUGAGUUCUUCAAUGUAGUAAAUCUUCUCAGAGGAUUCUGGGGAGAGUGCCCAUAACUGCCUUUAAAUGCAGAGAUUUUGGAUGCACGGCGGCAGAAAUGAAGUAUUUUGCAUCCAUCUCUUGAUGAUAAUGCAUCUAAUACUGGUUUGCUGAAGUCAUCUGUGAUAAGGUCUCCACAUGAUGAAAAAAAAUGAUGAAUGUGUAGUGUUAAUUGCAGCUUACAGCAAGCUUAGCCUUAUUUCAAGCAAGAGAAGCUGCUCGUUUGAGCCUCUUGCAUCUCUCCCUUCUGAAAAGCCAAAGCCCUGAAUCCAUAGUUCAGGCCACUCACUGCCUCAGUUGCAGUAACAUGGAUUUGGAGUGAGUGUUUUGGACUCAGUGUGGAUAUUUCAUAGCCUAAGCAUCAUAGAUAGCCUUUGCAUCUAUGGAAAUGGUAGAUACGGCCUCGUGCCAUGCAACAUUAAGUGCUGCACUACAAUCCUAAAUGAGGUGAAGAGGAAUCAGACAGUGUACAAGGAAUGCUAAUUUUAUGGCACUUACCCCAUUGGCUGUGAAGCAUUGCAUGUUUUAUGGUGUAUUUGCAACUUUUGAACUUUAUAUUGUUAUUAGGUAUUUUUCCCACGUGGUUUCUUAGGAGCACACUCUAAUACUGUGAAGUGCAGAAAAUCAUGUCAAAUCUGGGUUUCUUUGGCAUCCUUUCAUACCAUGUUCAUGAACAUGAUUAAAAUAGCUGGACACAGUCUCUCCAAUCCUUUCUGCCAGAGAGUGUUUCCAGUGGAGGCAUCCAUAAAGUACAGCCUCCGACUGAAUCAGGCUGAUCAGGGCUAUCUUGAGCCUGAUUUUGAAUGUCUCCAGGGAUGGGGCCUCAAUUGAAUCCCUGGGCAGCCUGUUCCAGUAUUUUACCACUCUCAUUGUGCACCCCCACCUGUACUCAGUGUGAGACUGGCAGAGUCUGAUUGUACAAAAAAGAGUUCACUACAUCCAGGAAGGCAGGUGGUGAUUUCACUCAGGUUAUGCAGAUGAUGGGUAACAGGUUGUGAGAGAAAACUUGACCAUUACAGGAGGAAAAUCACUUAGGUUACAUAGUGCUGCUCACAUGAGGAAGAAUGGAUGUGGCUUAUAAAAACCUGCACUGUUUUGUAUUGUGAAGCAUUUUGCAAGUUCAGAGAUUAUAUCUGAAUGUAGUUUAUUACCCAUACAUCCUGUCUAUGAUGUCAAAAGUGGGCAGAAUAUGUUAAAGCUCUUUUAAUACCAUGGGUACUUCCUCUGUUUUCUGGUCUCUGUGCACUGUGAGAACAUGAGGAAGAAUUUCUUUACUGUAAGGGUCACAGAGCCCUGGAACAGGCUCCCCAGAGAGGUUGUGGAGUGUCCUGCCCUGGAGACUUUCAAGCCCCAUCUGGAUGCAUUCCUGUGUGACCUGCACUAGAUUGUAUGAUCCUGCUCUGGCAGGAGGAUUGGACUCAAUCUCUGGAGGUCUCUUCCAACACCCUGUGACACUGUGAACUACUCUAGUUUCAAGUGGUGCUUUCCAAUGGCAUUCCCAGCUUUGAAAUAUGACCUUGUUUUACAAAUACACUUUAGACAUUUGCCUCUGUUAAUGUAUUGUAAUAUGUCUUAAGAAAACUUGCCUGAAAUAAAGCAGUAAGGCUUCAUUGGUGUA